UGGCACAUUGCGCAUCUUCCCGACAAAUCAUCUCGCACUGGAAGAAUUGCACGAGGCAUGACUGUCCUGUAUGCUUGCCUCUCAAAAAUGCUGGGGACAAAAGAAAUCAACAAUCGCUGCUGGGCGGAGCUGCGGUAGGACUUGCUAAUACUGGCUCCGUGGGCGUGGGGCAGCAGACAACGCCCAGCAUAAACACUACCAGUCAGAUAGACCCCAGCUCCAUCGAGAGAGCCUACGCAGCCCUUGGACUGACCUAUCAAGGGAACCAGAUGCAGACACAGCCCCAGGCUCAGGUGAAGAGUCAGCAACAAGGACAGUCACAACAGGGUCUGCGCCCUAUGAAUCCUAUGAGUGCAAAUCCAAUGGGAGUGAAUGGAGGAGUAGGGGUUCAACCCCCUAAUUUGCUUCCUGACUCAAUGUUACAUUCAACCAUGAAUUCUCAAAACCCCAUGAUGAGUGAAAGCGCCAACGUUGCCAGUUUGGGAGCUAUGCCAACAGCUCAACCAUCCAAUACCGGAAUUCGAAAACAGUGGCAUGAAGACAUUACUCAGGAUCUCCGAAACCAUCUUGUUCAUAAAUUAGUCCAAGCCAUAUUUCCUACUCCCGACCCUGCAGCACUGAAGGAUCGGCGUAUGGAGAAUCUGGUGGCAUACGCUCGGAAAGUUGAAGGGGAUAUGUAUGAAUCAGCAAAUAGCAGGGCAGAGUACUAUCAUUUGCUAGCGGAGAAGAUCUAUAAGAUUCAGAAGGAGCUGGAGGAGAAGCGAAGAACCAGGCUGCAGAAGCAAAACAUGAUCCCAAAUGCUCCGGGCAUGCCACAGGCUCCCAUGAAUCAAGGCCCCAACAUGGGGCAGCCACAGCCAGGGAUGUCUGCAAAUGGUCCUCUUCCUGAUCCAACCCUGAUACGUGCCAAUGUGCCAAACCAGAUGAUGAAUCGCAUGCAGACACAGCCAGGAAUGAAUCAAUUUGGCCAGAUGAACAUGCAGCUGUCACCGAUGGGACCCCGGCAAACCUCUCCUCUUCAGCACCCUGGACAGCUAAGCCAGGCCGGGGCCAUGAACCAGAUGGGAUUUCCUUCACGCAUGCAGCAGCCAGGAGUUGGCCAACCUUCUGGUCAGAAUCAGUUUCUACAACAGACCCAGUUCCCUGCUUCUUCCCCAGGAAUGAACACAGCGAGCAUGCCGAUGACUCAGCCUGGCAGUCAGACACCAGUUUCUCAAGCACAAAUGACCAGCGCUUCCUGUCCUGUGAAUUCUCCUGCAAUGGCUCCGGGUUCUCAAGGGAGCCAUAUUCACUGCCCGCCUCUUCCACAGCCUCCCAUGCACCGAAAUUCCCCCUCUCCAGUACCCAGCCGAACCCCGACACCUCACCACACCCCUCCAGGCUUGGGAUCGCAGCAACAGCACCGCCCCCCUGCCACUACUGCCCCCACACCUACUCCUCAGGCAAUGCCACCUGGACCACAGGCACAAACUAUGCACCCCCCGCAAAGGCAGACUCCGACACCUCCCCAGACACAGCUGCCUCCACAAGUCCAGCCUCCGGUUCCAGUUACCCCUUCUGCAGAGCAGCAGCAGCAGCCCUUGUCUCAGCAGAGCACGACCGCGUCCGUUCCCACACCAACGGCGCCGCUGCAGCCUCAGCACCCCACGACACCUCUUUCACAGCCAGCUGUGAGCAUUGAUGGGCAGGUAUCCAACCCCCCAUCCACCAGCAGCACAGAGGUGAACUCUCAGCAGACUGUUCCAGAGCAGCAACAGCCACCCUUGCAGGAAGUGAAAAUGGAUAUUAAAACUGAUGAGGGGGAAUCAGAACAGACAGAGCUGCAAAUGGAGGAGAAACCUGAGGUUAAAGUAGAACCGAUUGUGGAGGAAUGUAAACCAGACCCAAUGGAGCAAGAAGAGAAGAAACCUGAAGUGAAGAGUGAAGUACCAGAGGGAGAAGAAAGACCUACAACUCCAGCUACUCAGUCUUCUCCAGCAGCUGGGCAGUCUAAGAAAAAAAUUUUCAAACCAGAAGAGUUGCGGCAGGCGCUUAUGCCAACACUAGAGGCACUUUACCGUCAGGAUCCAGAGUCUCUUCCAUUUCGACAGCCUGUGGAUCCCCAACUACUGGGAAUUCCUGAUUAUUUUGACAUAGUGAAGAACCCCAUGGACCUUUCUACCAUCAAGAGGAAGCUCGACACAGGACAGUAUCAGGAACCGUGGCAAUAUGUAGAUGACAUCUGGCUCAUGUUCAAUAAUGCCUGGCUGUAUAACCGCAAAACAUCCCGGGUAUACAAGUACUGCUCCAAACUGGCAGAGGUGUUUGAGCAAGAAAUCGACCCAGUUAUGCAGAGCCUUGGUUACUGCUGUGGAAGAAAGUUGGAGUUCUCGCCACAGACUUUGUGUUGCUAUGGCAAACAGCUAUGCACAAUCCCUCGAGAUGCCACUUACUACAGUUACCAGAACAGGUAUCAUUUCUGUGAGAAGUGCUUCAACGAAAUCCAAGGGGAGAGCGUUUCUCUGGGAGAUGAUCCAUCACAACCUCAAACCACGAUAAACAAAGAACAGUUUUCAAAAAGGAAAAAUGAUACACUGGACCCUGAACUAUUUGUUGAAUGUAUAGAAUGUGGAAGAAAAAUGCACCAGAUCUGUGUUCUUCAUAAUGAGAUAAUCUGGCCUUCUGGCUUUGUCUGUGAUGGCUGCCUGAAGAAAACAGGACGGACCAGGAAGGAGAACAAAUUCUCUGCUAAAAGGUUACCAGCUACAAGACUUGGUACCUUCUUGGAGAACAGAGUCAAUGAUUUCUUAAGACGACAGAAUCACCCUGAGGCAGGAGAAGUUACAGUUAGGGUGGUACAUGCAUCUGACAAAACUGUCGAAGUAAAACCAGGAAUGAAAGCAAGGUUUGUCGACAGCGGAGAGAUGGCCGAGUCUUUCCCUUAUCGAACAAAAGCGCUUUUUGCCUUUGAGGAGAUUGAUGGCGUAGACUUGUGCUUCUUUGGGAUGCACGUGCAGGAGUAUGGCUCAGACUGUCCUCCGCCCAAUCAAAGGCGAGUGUAUAUAUCUUACCUUGACAGUGUUCAUUUCUUCCGCCCUAAAUGCUUGAGGACUGCUGUCUAUCAUGAAAUACUAAUUGGAUACCUAGAAUAUGUCAAGAAAUUAGGGUAUACUACUGGACAUAUCUGGGCAUGCCCACCUAGCGAAGGAGAUGACUACAUCUUCCACUGCCAUCCUCCUGACCAAAAGAUACCCAAACCCAAACGACUGCAAGAGUGGUACAAAAAGAUGCUGGACAAGUCUGUUUCGGAGCGCAUUGUCCAUGAUUAUAAGGAUAUAUUUAAGCAGGCAACAGAAGAUCGUCUAACAAGUGCAAAAGAGCUACCUUACUUUGAAGGGGAUUUCUGGCCUAAUGUUCUAGAGGAGAGCAUUAAGGAACUUGAGCAAGAGGAAGAAGAACGGAAGAGAGAAGAAAACACUAGUAAUGAAAGCACGGAUGUGAGCAAGGGAGACAGCAAAAAUGCCAAGAAGAAGAACAAUAAGAAGACUAGUAAGAACAAGAGCAGCUUGAGUCGUGGCAAUAAGAAAAAGCCUGGCAUGCCCAAUGUGUCCAAUGACCUCUCCCAAAAGCUGUACGCCACUAUGGAGAAGCACAAAGAGGUCUUCUUUGUCAUCCGUCUCAUUGCUGGCCCCGCAGCCAACUCCCUCCCCCCCAUCGUUGAGCCUGACCCACUCAUUCCAUGUGACCUGAUGGAUGGGCGUGACGCUUUCCUGACCCUUGCUAGAGACAAGCACCUGGAGUUCUCCUCACUGCGAAGGGCUCAGUGGUCAACCAUGUGCAUGCUGGUGGAACUGCAUACCCAGAGCCAAGAUCGCUUUGUGUACACCUGCAAUGAGUGCAAGCAUCAUGUGGAGACCAGAUGGCACUGCACUGUUUGUGAGGAUUAUGACCUGUGCAUCACCUGCUAUAACACUAAAAACCAUGACCACAAGAUGGAAAAAUUAGGGCUUGGUCUAGAUGAUGAGAGCAACAACCAGCAGACUGCAACCACCCAGAGCCCUGGCGAUUCCCGGCGCCUGAGCAUCCAGCGCUGUAUCCAGUCUCUGGUCCAUGCCUGCCAGUGUCGUAACGCCAACUGCUCGCUGCCGUCCUGCCAGAAGAUGAAACGGGUCGUCCAGCACACCAAAGGCUGCAAACGCAAAACCAAUGGAGGGUGCCCCAUCUGCAAGCAACUCAUCGCUCUCUGCUGCUACCAUGCGAAACACUGCCAGGAGAACAAGUGCCCGGUGCCCUUCUGCCUCAACAUUAAACACAAACUUCGUCAACAACAGCUUCAGCAUCGCCUGCAGCAGGCACAGAUGCUCCGAAGGAGGAUGGCGAGUAUGCAGCGCACUGGCGUGGUAGGCCAGCAGCAAGGAUUGCCCUCACCCACGCCGGCCACUCCGACGACUCCAACGGGCCAGCAACCCCCAAAACCGCAAACCCCUCAACCUCAGGCGGGAAUCCAGCAGCAGCCACCGUGGGUGCAGGGGGGCCUACCCCAAGCUCAGCUGCAACCUGGAAUGCAGAGACCAUCUAUGAUGUCAGUAGCCCAGCCGGGUCAGCCGAUGAAUAUGGCGCCUCAGCCGGGGAUGGGUCAGGUGCCUGGCGCCGCUCAGCCCAAACAACCACCCCAGCCCCAGGCGGCCUUA